AACUCUCAACAACUGUUGGAAGAAGAAUUUCGGGAAGUAUUAAAAAUGGAAUUAUAAGGAAAGACAGCUUUCUGACAGAACAUAAACAACCCAUUUGUUACAUUACAUAAAUCCAAAACAGAAGAAACUUUCAUGUUUCUUCACUUUUUCCUCUCGAAAUUAAACAUCCAUAUUUUUGCUUGAUUACUCGAUAAAGAGAUUGAAUUAUCUUUUAGAAUUCAUGGGUUUUUCUUAAAAUUUGUUAUAAGAUCUGUGUGAAUUUUGUUUUUCAAAGAUUGACAUUUUCUUUAGAUUCUAAAAAUGGCAACAGAGACUGAAACUCCUCAGCUACCUACUUCAAUGAUCACAUCUGAUAGCAGAGGAAAACAUCGAGUUGUUGCUGAAUUGAAACGCCUUGAGCAAGAAACUAGAUUCCUAGAGAAAGAGCUUGAAGAACUCGAAAGAACAAAUAAAGUUUCCGACGUGUUACCAGAAUUGCUGCGCAACGUAGGAACUAGACCUGAUGCACUACUCCCAGUAACAAAAAGCCCCAUAGAUCCAACCUGGGAUAGGUGGUUUGAAGGACCUCGGAAACAACAAGGUUGCAUAUGCUGUUUUUUCAGAUGAAUUCAUUGCUACAUUCUUCUCACAAAUUCUUUUACACAGUAAGAUUGUUAGUACCAUACGAUGAGCCAGUAUGAUUUCAUAGAGUCUGGUCCUUUCAUUUGUGAAUAUAACGUACCGCGCCAGUCUUGUGACUGGCUGACUCACUGCCCUUCUCAAAACUAAACUGUUAUAUUCUGUCUUGAGGUUAUUAUUGCAAAGAUUAGAAGAAAGAAUUAUAUGA